UGAACAGUAAUUCAUUGAGUCAGAAUCGAAAAAAUGAAUUUAUUCGGAUAUUUUAUUACAUUUCUUGUAACAGUGGUUGUUACUGAAGCAACUCCCUUUCGAUUUGAUAACUUCAAAGUGUACCGAGUCCCAAUUGAACAGGAAGAACAACUCAAGGCACUCAAAGGAAUACGAACAGGUGUCAACAGCUAUGAAUAUUUCGAGGAACCUCAAAGAACUGGACAAUCAGUUGAUAUCCUUGUACCACCGCAUCUUGAAAAGGAUUUUGUUGCAAUAGCCGAGACCAAUAAGCUAAGUCGAAAGCUAAUUGUGGAAAAUUUUCAAGAACUUGUAGACAAGGAGAGGCCGAAUGCUGUGGAGGAUGACGAAGAAUUUGGAUGGGAUGAUUAUCACAGUAUUGAUACCAUCAAUGCCUGGCUUUACUCCUUGGAAGCUCUUUAUGACGAAGUUACCGUAGUAAAAGGUGGAACAACCUACGAAGGACGAGAUAUUCUUGGUGUUAAUAUUAAUCGGAAACCCGGACAGAAUCCUGGAAUAUUCGUUGAAUCCCAAAUUCAUUCAAAUGAAUGGAUCACAUCUGCAUCAGCAACAUGGAUCAUCAACAAGCUCCUAACUGCUACGCCAGAGGAAACCGAAAUAAGAAAUCUUGCUGAUAACAUUAAUUGGUACAUUUUUCCGCUCAUCAAUGCAGAUGGUUAUGAGUACACAAGAAAUGUUUAUCGGAUGUGGAGAAAGACGCGAUCACCCCAAGGAUUAAUUUGUAAUGGAGUCGAUCCAAAUAGGAAUUGGGAUGUAUUUUGGGAGAAAGGUGGAAUCGGAUCAUCUGCUAACAUGUGCGAUGGAAGCUUUGCUGGACCAGAAGCCUUUUCAGAAAUUGAGUCACAAACUCUUUCAGAAUUCGUCUUGAGUCUUCAAAGUGAAUUGAACUUUUACAUUGGGUUCCAUUCUGCUGCUAAUAUGUUGCUAUUCCCGUGGGGUCAUACCUCAAAUCCGGCUACUAACUACGUUGAAUUUAUGGAGAUCGCUGAAGCGACCGUAACUGCUCUACAGGCUCGCUACGGAACAGUUUACACAUACGGACCAAUAUACUCAACAAUUUAUCCAGCCACAGGAAGUUCUCCAGACUGGGUACACUAUACACUGGGAAUACCCGGAUUUACAUACGAAUUCAGGAAUAUAAAUACUGAAACAGGGGAAUACUACGGAGCCCUAGCACCACCAGAUCAAAUACAACCUAAUGCUGAAGAGGUUCUCGAUUCUCUGGUUGCGCUUGUUCAAAAAGCAACAGAGCUAGGCUACAUGACGGUUACAAAACAAAGUGAGUAAAAACGACUAACUUUAUUUGAGUCUAUCGGACUUAGCCGUCGUUGUUACAUUUAUGUAGCCCACAAUUUUUUAAUAAAUUUUAAUAAAAUAAAAGUA